GGAAGCCACUGGAAGAGAAGAGUUGAGCGCCACUUGAAGCCAUUUUCAGGUCAACUAAUGGUGGCGUUUCGGCAGAGCCGAGGAAGCAGGUGAAUGGAGGGGCAACAGUCGCCCCUCAGUGUCCAGGAAAAGUCGCGUAAAUACUACUGGAACCCGAGAAUGAGGGAGAGGAAGUUCAAAAUGUUCGGGACCAGAAAAUCACUGGUACAACCCCUCCUGAUCAGUACGUGGAACUACACGGAUGCCAACUUGCAGGCGUGGAGUGUUUUGCAGCAGGGACCUCGAAGGACUCGUCAGGCGGUGAUCCAGGGAUGUCUGGCCUGUCAGAGCCAGCGAUGUGGCCGUCUUUUGGCCGGCGGAGCUUCCCCAGAUGCGGAGGGCUCUUUGACCCUGGAAGCGGCCCUCAUGGAUGGCGGCACUUUGAGAUACGGUGCAGUGGCUGGAAUGGAGGGAGUUCGCAAUGCCAUCCUCGUAGCAGAUGCAGUCGUAAGGUACACAAAACACUCUCUUUUGGUUGGAAAAAGUGCUACGAGAUUUGCCACAGCCAUGGGUUACAAGGAGGACUACCCUAGGAGUAUGAGCACCCUGAAAGUGCUGAAAGAAUGGAGUUUAAACGCCUGUCAACCGAACUUCUGGCGUGAUGUGCACCCUUCUCCCUCGGAAAACUGUGGUCCAUACACACCCUUACCGCAGCAUCUGAUGCAGCAUCCGCCGCACCCGGAAUACCCCAUCGUACUGGGUCAGCACGAUCAGCUGGCCUUUUUGGCCCUGGACGCAGAGGGUCAAUUCCACGUGGCCAGCCAAUCAAGUGGCGCCCCCUUUCGGAUCCCCGGCAGAGCGGGGGACGCCGCGGUGCCAGGUGCCGGGAUUUAUGCGGAUAAUGAAGUGGGAGCCGCGGUGGCCAGUGGCGAUGGAGACGUCCUCAUGCGACACCUGCCCGCCUUCCUGGCCGUCGAGGCGAUGAGAAGGGGUGAAAAGCCGGACAAGGCCGCCAAGGAGGUGGUGCAACGCCUGCUGAGACACAACACCGAGUUUAAUGGGGCCGUGGUGGUGGUCAAUCGAAGGGGCAUCUAUGCCGCCGCCUGCGCCGGGCUCGACGAGUUCCAUUUCGUGGUCAGUGGGGGCAAGGAGUACCUCAGCAUGGCCCGGGUGGAGCGGAUCAAGUGCCUGGAGCGGGAGCAUGAAAUAGUGGAUGGUGGGCCCAAGGGACUGUUUCCUAUGAGUCCUGAAAAGCAGGUGAAGCCCAGGGCACGGGGAUAAGUUUAGGUAGAUAAGAGAGCUAUAGGGUACUUGAGUUCUUAUGUAUAAGUAGUGGGUAAAAGAAAAUAUAAAUAUGUUUAGAUAU